UGGCUGGCGGGACGCGGCGCGCGCGGCCCCUUUAAGCCCGCGGAGCGGCCGGAGCGGGCCGGGCGGCGGCAGGGAGUCGGCGGCGGCUCCGCGGAGGUGCCGGGGCUGCAUGGCGGCCGCGGACGGGCUCCAGUUCCCAGAGUUCGCCGACGCGGCCAGCUUGCUGGCGGCGAACCCCGACGCUACCACCAUCAGCAUCGAGGAGCCUGCCGAGGCCCCCAAGAGCCAGCAUGGCCGUCCGCAGGAGCCGGGCAGGGAGGAGGACGACGAGCUGCUGGGCACCGAUGACUCCGAUAAAACGGAGCUGCUUGCGGGACAGAAGAAAAGUGCCCCGUUCUGGACGUUUGAGUACUACCAGACAUUCUUCGAUGUGGACACUUACCAGGUCCUGGACCGAAUCAAGGGUUCUGUUUUCCCCGUACCAGGGAGGAACUUCGUAAGGCUGUAUAUCCGUAGCAAUCCCGACCUCUACGGUCCCUUUUGGAUAUGCACCACGCUUGUCUUUGCCAUUGCUGUUAGUGGCAACCUCUCAAACUUCUUCCUCCACCUGGGCAAGCCGACCUACCACUAUGUGCCGGAGUUCAGAAAAGUGUCCAUAGCAGCAACAACGAUUUUUGCAUACGCUUGGCUUGUUCCCCUUGCUCUCUGGGGAUUUCUGAUGUGGAGGAACAGUAAAGUUAUGAACAUCGUCUCGUACUCAUUCCUGGAGAUAGUGUGUGUGUAUGGCUACUCCCUCUUCGUUUAUAUUCCCACAGCGAUUUUAUGGAUUAUCCCACAAAAAGUGGUGCGCUGGGUCCUGGUGAUGUUCUCCCUGUGCCUUUCGGGGUCUGUUUUGGUGAUGACCUUCUGGCCUGCCGUCAGAGAUGACAACCGGAGGAUUGCGCUGGCAACUGUGGGGACCAUUGUCCUGCUCCACGCCCUGCUGUCCAUCGGCUGUUUGGCUUACUUCUUUGAUGCCCCUGAAGUGGAGUUUCCUGCACCUAUUGUCCCUGCUCACAACGGAACAACAUUAAUAAAAACUCAGUAAAUAAGGGCUGACGCAGUGCCCGAGCCAUCCGGACUGCAUUCCUCCUGUGGGAUGGUUUCACCCUCAGCUCCCUGGUAGCCGGGAGUGCUGCCAGAGGCAGGCGGCGGGAGGAUCCUGCGGGAAGGAGGCGACGUGGAGCGAGUCCAGGAAAUCAACGAGCAAAGGCCAGGCCUCUGCGAGCACACCAUCCUGAAGCAUAUACGUGAAAAAACAGAAUAUUCCCUAAGUAGAAGUUAUGUUAGAUUUAAAUAUAUAUAUAUAUACCUAUGCCAGGCGAAAAUGAGCAUUAAAAGCUGUGACACGAUCUUAA